AAUUUCAGGCAAUUCAAGAUGGCAGCGCCCAUAGGUGAACUUAUCACGUUGAGAUUUGUUAAACAAAUAACAAUUGAAUUCUGUCCAUGGGAGAAAAACGUACGAUCUGUUAGGCAAUUUCUAAGUUACAUUGGAAACAGCAAAGUGAGGAAUACAAAUCAGAAAUGCAUUUUGAAGACCAACAUAAAGCAUGACGGAACUGCUCCUGCAGUUCACAUUAAUUAUGCUGAUGGCCAGAAUCUUCUCUUCAAGACCUCUCACCUGUCAUUGUCUGAAAUGGUCCAGAAAUUUGCCGAAUUGAAUGAGAUUAGGCUGAAUAAAGAAACGUCAGAAAGCUAACAGGAUGAACACUUCACACGAGCACUGAUAAGUGAUAAGGAUACAAGGUUUAAGUUGUGUGAAGUCUGCUUUUUAUUCACUUCAGUAAGAAAAGAAUGAUUCCAAUUCCAUACACUGAUGUGAAUUUGGGAGUUGGGAUAUACAAGGAGUGAGAUCUCUCUUGGAGAUUACGUGUAUUAAGUGUGAAGUGACAUAUUUGUGUGAUUACAAUUUAGCAAAAAGACAGGAAGUGUGCCAACCCAUUGUGCUAAACAUGGAUAUUCUUCUCCAGUAAGAGUUAUAUGAUCCAAUCUAAUUGUCUUCCUGCUUGUAAGUCAUAGAAAUAUCUAAAGCAAAUCAGGAGUGAUGCAGUUUGCAUCAAGUAACAAGUACCACAAAUUGAUUCAUGGCAAUUCUUUGCAGACUUCCUGCCCAAAAGAUGUCAAAAUUUUAUGAAAUGUGAUUUGCAUUUGAAAUUUCAGUGAGAGAUCCAUGUUCAUGAUUGAAUGAAAAGUGUUGCUCUUUAGAUUGCUGACUAGCCUCUUCACCAGUCGUGUAAUACUAUGAAUUCUACAUGUACAAUUGAGAGUCAUGUCGCCCAAUAUACAUUCAAUACCUUCUAAUAGCUGUAUACAGCUUUCAGCAAACUUCUGAAAUGUAUUUGUAGGAAAAAGGUGUGAGUGUUAUUGCUUCCAAAGAGUUUCAUCUUUGUGAGCAGUGGUCAAGCAAAACUGUACAUUUUCCAAUCAGAGUGUAGUCUUAACGUAAAUGUACUGGUUUUUUUUACUACAUGUACAUGUACAUAAUUGGAUCGUGUGGCAUAUAUUGUGGCAUGUCAAUCUUAAAUGCCAAGGGAAUAUAAAGGGUAAACCAGUAGAAAAAGUAGAGAAAAUAAAAAUCAUGAGAAAUCAGUGUUUGCAAUUUAUGCAAUAUUAAAAAGAUGAUAUAAACACA